AUGAAGAAACAGACGAAGCUGAGGAAGGGGUCUAAAGUGGAGGUGGAAGCAGAGGGAGAAUGGUGGGAAGCCGAGGUCAUCGACAUCAACGCAAACUUCGUUCACAUCCACUACGUCGGAGGAAUGGAUGAGGAGAAUGAAUGGCUGGAUGUAGAAUCACAUCGGAUACGAGCUCCGCAAGCAGUUUCAUACCAAGAGGAAAUGGAGGAAGUCGGUGGCAACUUUCCUGUAGACAUGGAGCUGGAAGAUGUAGAUGUGCUGCCUGUUGACAUAGAAGAGCACGAUUCCUCCCAAUCACUGUCGGGGAAUUCUUCUUCAAAGACCAAACCUGUCAAGGGUCCGAACAAGGCAUCGAAAAAGAACAAGCAGGCCGGGCUGAGAUUCACACCUUCAAGAAAAGGAAGCGCUCCCAAGUUGUCGUGGAUCGACAGGCUAGGGGAAGGCUGGGACAGAGUGCCAAAAGACGAGAAAGGGCGCUACGUCUACAUCUCUCCCGACGGGCAAACCUUUCAAUCCCUUACUCUUGCUCAACAAUAUGCUGAGUCUUCGAUGCAAAUCCCUGUCAAUGAAGCAGUGGUAGAUCCAUAUAUACCGAAGGUGAGGAAGAAGUCUGGUGGAUCUUUUGGGAAAGCGUUUCUGCGAGAUUUUGAAGAGAAAUGGUACCAGAAGAGAUAUGAUGAUGUGAGGAAGUGCCUUCUUCGACGGAACAUCAUUGCGGAGAGUGAUACAGUCAUCGACUACAUGAAGAAGAAGACUUGGGACGAGGCUGAUUUCAAGAAAGCGAUGUUUUCCCAAGAGAGCAAAGACGAUUUUGCUCACAUCUCGCUAUUGAUGAGCAUCAGACAGAACCUCAUUGACGCUGGGCACCUUCGGUUCCCUGUGAUCUACUUCUCUCCGAACCUCAAGCUGUCUGCCAAUGAGGUAUCGAAGCUGAAAGCGAUUGCGCAAAAGAGAGGAGCAAAGCUGACGUCAGACCUGCGGGCUGCUACUCAUCAGAUCAUCGACGACACUCCUGACAUGAAGGAGACUGAGGAGACGUUCUGUCGACAGCUUGACCGCCAGAAGACGAAGAAGGAGCCGAUCGCCUACGUGCACUGGUGGUUCUACCCCGACAGCUACGACGAGUGGGUUCCCCAGCGAGAGGUGGAAGGAGACAUGUGCGCGACUUCCGUCAGAAAGUUCUGGAAGGUUUGCGUGAGGUGGCUGAAAGACACAGACAAGUUCAACGAGUGGAUGAACGAGGAUGAUUACCUUCCAGAGGACCCGGAGGAUGAAGUAGCGGAGAUGGGGGAGAAGUCGAGAUGGACGGAGGAGGAGGAUGCUGUCUUGCUCAGCGAGUUCUCAAAGCUGGGAAAGAAGUGGGAGGAGAUUGCCAGGAAGCUUCCGAACAGAAGUGUAAGCGCGCUGAAGCUGAGGAUCAAAACUCUGGCGAAGAAGCUGGAGUCGAAGUCCAGAAGGCCGAGCAGCGAGUUCAGCUCACCGUCAAAGAAGAAGAAAGUGGAGCAGGAGGUGUCGCCGUCGAAGAAGAAACGGGCCGAACAGGAAGAGAUGACCAAGUCGAAGAAGAAACUGAUCCAGCGCGUGCUCUCCCUCCAGCAUGAGUGCUGGGAGGAUCAGCAGGACCUGGAGGCUUCCUACAGGGCAGAACCCCAGCUCUGGGACCUGCCAGCGUUCGACCCUGACGCCGAGCUGGAGCUCUGCGGAGAGGGCACGACAAUCCAUGGGGAGGCAGCACAGAGCCAGGUGAAGGAGGAGAAGACCAAUCCCCUCAUCCUGCCGAUGCAAGCGUCCUGGUUCGACAUGGGCGCGAUCCAUGAGAUGGAGAGGGUCGGGGUGCCUGAGUACUUCGAGGGGAAGCACCCGAGCAAGACACCAGAGGCGUACAAGUGGCACCGCGACGCCAUCGUGACGUUGUGGUGCGAAUAUCUCGCGGGCUAUUUCUCCCACAGCAUCAGCAACGACCGAGGAGACGAGGAUGGAGGGGAGGAGGUGGAGGCACGGACUCGAUCGAGAGCAGGAGGAAAGAGGAGGUCGAGCGUGACGAAGGGGGGCAAGUCGAAGGGCAAGGCCGACAAGCAGGACCUCCAGUCUCGGUUCUCCUCCGACAGCCCGCUCAGGUGGCCACCCAAGUUACACGUCAGGGAAUUCCUGCGUCGCAUCCCCGGGCACGCUACCGACAUCCUUCGCAUCUUCCAGUUCCUUGAAUCCCUCGGCAUCAUCAACCACACAUGCCAGGAGGAAGACAGCCCUGGACCCCUGUGGACCGAGAGGGACUUGCAGAGGCUGGAGGAGGCGUACAGAAAGCACGGGCCGAAGUGGGCCCUGAUAGGGAAGGAGCUCAACGACCGACCUGCCGCUGACUGCGCCAUCUUCUUCAGCUCCAUCCCCCUGCACGAGACGCCGUUUGCGUCCUCGCUCCGGUCGGAGAGGAUGCGGUUGAAGGACGGGGAAAGGUCUUCUCUCGACGGGGACUUGGUUGCACAGAGAGCACAUUUCCUCCAGAACCUGCUGGGCCCUGAAGCCACCGCUGCAGUGAUCGACAACGUGCUGCAGGAGGAGCGGCAAGGAGGGGAGAAGGAGCAGGGAGAGAGAGCGGAGCAGGGAGGGCACAUGGAGCAGAGAGAAAAGAAAGAACAAGGAGGGGAGCAUCAGCAAGUGUGGAGGAUGCAGACACAGGCAUGCCGCGCCGCCCUCCUCACUUCCACCAGGGUCCGUGCGAUGGUGCUGGCGCACGAGGAGACGAUGAGGAUGAAGAAGCUGCUGCUGGAGGCGAUCGAGCUUCAGAUGCAGCGCAUGCAGAUGAAGGUUACGAGCCUGAUGAGUCAGCAGAGCAUCAUCAGUCAAGUCAUGUGA